CCUUCAACAACCCUCAACCAUUGCGCGAUUCCCCUCCCUUCCACCCUUGCCGUUUGGACCCCCCCCGGUUUCUCGGCCUUCUCGCUAUUCCGCCGUAUUACCGGUCACUAUCACCCCUCCAACCUCCGUUCGUCGCGCGUUUCGACUCCCCGUGUUGAUAGCCUCCCUCCCCGCACCAUGGCCUCCGACCUCUCCAACUCGAGGGAGCUCUACGAAUCCGGAAUCACCGUGCAUUCGGACUCGGAGAACUACUCGGCACACCACGAUGUCUCCGGGUCCCACUCGUCAUCCUCGAGCUCCCCCCUGAUCCUCUACAAGCCCCCGACGUUCUGGGGCGUCCUGCGCGGGGCCGCCAUCAACCUGAUCCUGCCCUUCGUGAACGGCCUGAUGCUGGGAUUCGGCGAGUUGUUUGCGCAUGAAGCGGCCUACAGACUUGGAUGGUCCGGUACAAAGGUGUUCCCCGAGCAUCGGCGGUCGUCGCGACCGAUUGGCCCCGGCAUCGAGGUUCGAGAUCUCCCCGCGCGGAGGGGCACCAGAGCGGCUGGCCUGCAGGAUGCUGCGGCUCUAGAGUAGACGGUAUAGAUCAUUGAUUUGUUCAUGGCACCCGGGUGAACUGGCAUCAAAAUGGGAUGGGAUGGAUACGCAUAUGCGGGGGGGGUGUGGGGGGAGUUGUUACAGUGUAGUUAUGUAAAUAGAUCAAGCAUCAGUAAUCGGGAUGACAGGACGGCGUCUGGCG